AUGGCGUCAGUUGCCCGAGCUCUGCGGCCGCUCGCUAAAAGGCCUAUCGCUUCGCUUCUUCCCACAGCGCGAAAGACUGUGCCCUCAAGGACUUUUCAAUGCACCCGCUCGUUCUCUGCAACUCCCCGCCGCCGCGAUGUCGACCUUACUUCUCUCACCCCUACUCCUAUCACUCACUUAUCCGAGACCGAGGCCAUGAUGGCUGAAUCCGUAGCCAAGUUCUCCCAAGAACAGAUUGGACCCAAGGUCCGCGAAAUGGACGAAGCCGAAACCAUGGACCCCGCCAUUGUCGAGCAGCUCUUUGAACAGGGAUUGAUGGGUGUGGAAAUCCCGGAAGAAUAUGGCGGAGCCGGCAUGAACUUCACGGCCGCCAUUGUUGGAAUUGAGGAACUGGCCCGUGUCGACCCCAGUGUCAGUGUUAUGUGUGACGUCCAUAACACACUCGUGAACACCGCCGUUCUCAAAUUUGCCGAUGCAGAGGGGAAGAGAAAGUGGCUGCCAAAGCUUGCCACGAAUACUGUUGGAUCAUUUUGCUUGUCCGAGCCCGUCUCUGGAUCCGAUGCUUUCGCCCUGCAAACCAAGGCCGUAAAAACCGAGUCUGGAUAUAAGAUCAAUGGCUCAAAAAUGUGGAUCACCAACUCCAUGGAGGCUGGAUUCUUCAUUGUGUUCGCCAAUAUUGACCUUAGCAAGGGAUACAAAGGAAUCACUGCGUUUAUUGUGGAGAAGGGCACGCCAGGAUUCAGCAUCGCGAAGAAGGAGAAGAAGCUCGGCAUCCGCGCCAGCAGCACCUGUGUCCUCAACUUUGAUGAUGUGGAGAUCCCCAAGGAGAAUCUCCUGGGUGAGGAAGGCCAGGGCUACAAAUAUGCCAUUAACCUUCUGAACGAGGGGCGAAUUGGUAUCGCAGCUCAAAUGACUGGUCUCGCCCUCGGCGCCUGGGAGAACGCUGCCAAUUAUAUCUGGAACGACCGCCGCCAAUUCGGUCAGCUGAUCGGUGAAUUCCAAGGCAUGCAACACCAAGUCGCACAGGCGUAUACUGAGAUUGCCGCUGCCCGUGCUCUCGUCUACAACGCCGCUCGCAAGAAGGAAGCCGGCCAAGACUUCGUGCAAGACGCCGCUAUGGCCAAACUCUACGCGUCGCAGGUUGCUGGGCGCGUCGCGGGCUCCGCGGUCGAGUGGAUGGGCGGCAUGGGCUUUGUCCGUGAGGGCAUUGCUGAGAAGAUGUUCAGAGAUUCCAAGAUUGGAGCUAUCUACGAGGGAACGAGCAAUAUCCAGCUUCAGACAAUUGCGAAGAUGCUGCAGAAGCAGUAUACGCAAUAAAUAAUUAACGCAUGAGAAAAAAAAAAGACAAGAGACAAAGGGAAAAAAAAUUAAAAAUUAAAAAUUAAAAAAUUGAAGAACGCAAUAGGGCGCCAUUUGGAUGGAGGUUUCAUGUUUGUAAAUAUAUAUACAGAUUAUAUGUGUGUAAAUACGUCUGUGGUAGAAGAGACAAGAAAACAAAACAUUUUAAAUUUUCAUCUCCGGGACGAUGGGAUCAAAACAAAAA